AUGGGCCAAACCACAGCAGAAUUCCUGACCGGCGGACUCGUCGUCAGUGUGGCCCUAAGCAUUCCCUUCGCUCCAUUCAGAGCGUUAGUUUUAAUCUUUGGAGCACUUACUCUUCUUCACAACAAAUUUGGCAAUGGUCUGGCCCGUUUCCCCGGCCCGUUCUGGGCUUCGACAACCAACUUCUGGCGUCUGAGAGAGGCGUACACAAAUGGAGACAAGCGUCCGACCAUCGUUCAACUCCACGACAAGUACGGUGACGUCGUGCGUUUGGGCCCGAAGGCACUUUCCUUUGCAUCGCCCGAUGCCAUUGACGAGAUUUACGGCCCAAAGGCCAACAUGGCAAAGUCCAAGUGGUACAUGGCCUUCGAGGCGCACGGCAAGGGCGAGAAAAAGGAGAAUAUCUUUUCCACCCGCGACAUUCACUGGCACGCCCGCUAUCGGGAACUCGUGAAGCCUGGCUUCAGCAUCAACCACGUUGGCCACAAGGAAGAUGAGAUUGACGACCUGAUCAAGCUUUUGCUCCAACAGUUCGACGAGCAGACUGACAAGGCGGUCGACCUGCCUGGCACCCUUCAAUACUUCACCUUCGAUGCAGGCGGUGUCUUCGCCUUCAGCAGGCCCUACGGUUUCUUGAAGAAGCGCUUCGACAUUGAUGGCAUCAUCCAAUCCGUCCGCAGUGGCUCAACCCACCUCAACAGGCUCGCUCAAGUGCCCUUCUUCCAGAUGUUCUUGGAUCAGAACCCUCUGGCCAAGUACUUCGGAUUCAUCGCGCCUCCCAUGGCUUUCGCGAAAAAGUACCUGCCCGAGAAGAGAAUCGACGAGGAGAUCGUCCAGCCCAGCAAGGACCCGGAGCACUACGACAUCCUCGACGCCUACCUCGCCGCCCACAAGACGAACCCCGGCGUCGUGACGCGCAACGAAAUCGUCGAUCUCGGUCUCAUGGUCGUCGUCCCCGCAUCCGAGGCCGUCCGCACCGCCAUGAGCGUGCUCGUCUUCCAGCUCCUCAAGCACCCAGCCGCGCUCGCCAAGAUGCAGCAAGAACUCGACGGCGUCUACCCCGACCACAGCGGCACCAUCCCGUCGUGGGGCGUCGUGUCGACGCAGCUGCCGUACCUGGACGCCUGCAUCAAGGAGACGUUCCGCAUCCACCCGUCGACGGGCUUCCUGAUGGAGCGCAUCGUUCCGGCGGGCGGCGCCGUCGUGUGCGGCCGCUUCGUGCCCGCCGGCACCGCCGUCGGCUGCCUGCCGUGGGUCAUCCACCGGCACAAGCCGACCUUCGGCGACGACGUCGACGCCUUCCGCCCGGAGCGCUGGCUCGAGGCCAGCCCGAAGCAGCGCGAGCGGAUGGAGAAGUUCUUGUGUCCGUUCGGCUUCGGGUCGAGGUUGUGCUUGGGCCGCGAUAUCGGCUUGUUCGAGACGUAUAAGAUUGCUGCGACGCUGUUUAACAGGUACAAGAUUUCGCUGGAGAACCCUGAUCAGGACAUGCAUAUCACCUGGGGCAACAUUGUCAGUGUUGACUUCCGGGCUCGUCUCGAGCGCCGUUGA